UGGCAGAAGUACAAAAAGGCUUGACUGACUCGUGGUGGGCAGACAGAUUACAGUGAAUGUUAAUUAAGGUCAUUUUGCUGUCUCCACCACUUCCUCUAACAGAAGGAGAAGAGCCCCUGCUCAGUGCGCCACAUAUUGUUUGUGACUUUCUAAGAUCACACACUGGUUACAAUGGAAGUGAAAGUGUCUGUGGAUGGCAUCCCACGUGUGGUUUGUGGAGUUACAGAGGAAACAACAUGCCAAGAAGUGGUCCAUGCAUUGGCUCAAGCUCUUGGCCAGCCUGGUCGCUACACCUUAAGGGAGAAAUUUAAAGACUUCAAUCGAUGCAUGAUGCCUGAUGAGCGCCUUCUGGAAACCCUGGAGAAGUACGGUGAGCAGGCUAGAGAUGUCCAGCUUACUCUACAACACAGCGGGUCUUCUGUGUGGGAUGAAAUGAACAGGGCAAAAGUUGGCAGAUACCAGCCGUGUCCACCUAUGAGACGGAAAGAUGCAGGUGCCAGAAUCCGCAGGGGCAGCAGCUCCCUAAGUUUGCAUCGCCAAAGUUUGCCGAUGUUGUCCUGUUUGAGACAAGAAGCUGACCAGAAGCAAGAGGACCUGAAAAAGCCUAAAAGAAAGUCUUUGACACUCAUGGAGGAGGCCUGGGAAUGGCUGGAAAGUCUAGGGAGAGGCAAAGUCUACAGUACUGCCUCUGAUAAGGAAAGCAAGAAGAAGAGCGGUAAAAGAAACAGUGCCUCUAUGGAUCUGUCUCUCAGUAUUGAGAAAGAUAACUCAGAUCGGAGUAGCAGAGGUAAAGCAAGAGGUGAGAGAAGUUUAAAAUCAGACUUGGACCAUCAAACCUCCUGCUGUAUUGGAAAUCAAACGAGAGGUAAAGAAAUCAAGCACUCCAAAAUAACCCGAGAGGCAAAAUCUGACCUAAGAAGUUCAAGAUGUGGUACAACAACAGAGGAUGAGAAAAACAGUGUAAGAGAAACCAUCAUAUGCCAGCUUUUGUGCCUGCAGGAUUUACAGGUCCAAAUAACCAACAUGGACAAACAGAUUUUUGAGCUUGAGGGAAAACAGAAGGCUGAAAGAGCUGAACAGGAAGCUCAGAACAGAAUGGUUGAAGAGGAGAUGGAGCAGAUCAAGUUUUGGGAAAAUGAAUUAAAAGCAGAGGAAGGCUAUGAGAAAGAUUUGCAAUGUCAGUUCCUGGAAAUGAGAGCAAAAGCUGCGGAGUGUAAGGCUAAACUGGAGGAGUACAGGCGCAAAAUGCAGGGACUCGAUCUUUCUACUGGUCAGAAUGUUCCACAGGAUUCAGAAACGGUCCCAAACAUUAAUGCCGCUGCUGAGAUUCCAGCACAGACAAAGGAUGCCAACGUGCAACAAUCUGAUUUAGAUGGGGAUAAAAAUGUUAAAAAGCUCCCACCCAGGGAAGACUUCAACCCUCCUCAUGCUCUUAUUCCUCCAAAUCAGAUAAAGGAGCGGCGUCCCACAGGACCCACUGAGCUAAGGGAGUGGUGGACACGCUGGUCAGAAGCCCAGAACACUCAGUCGCAGAUGAAAAAGAAGAUGAUUCACCGCUCUGAACUCACGAUAUAUCUGGGAGGUACCAAGGUUUAGAAUGAGAAAUGUGCGAAAAGACGUCAGAAACGGGUGGCAGUUUCAUUGUGAUAUGUAAAUGCACAAUAAUAACAAUCUAGAAACGUAUCAUUUCACUUUAUCACCAUUAAAGGUUUAUUUUUAAACUAAAUGUUUUAACUGAGAUGGCAUAAUUUGCAAUUUACAUACCUCGCUGCAACCUUGUCAAUAUUUCAUAACAUUUUAUCCAAUAUUUAAUGUGAUGCAUGCUUAUGACUAAAUGUUUUUGCAUUAUGCUUGAAUGAAUGUCCAUGAUGUAUUAAUUUGUUUAAAUUUAACUUGCUGACAGCUCCAAGACAUCUUAAACAUUUGGCUUUGAAUUGUUUUAUUUUUAAUGCUGCAAAACCAAAUCGUCUACCACCACCAAGUGGCAGCAAAAACGGACAAUGGACGUUACUGAACUGUUACUCAGCUUAUCCACACAAGUAACCCUUUAUAAAAGGGCCAGGUUGGAGCCAAAUACAAGUAUUUCCCUUUGAAUUUGUACUCUUACAUUGAGAAGCUCUUAUGUUUUGCAUUGUAACAGUGGUUCUGUUCAUUGACAGCCAUGCAUAUGCACCAUUAUCUUGUUGUUACCACUACUGGCCAGUGAAGUGAAAACAGCAAAUCUGCAUCUUUCCUUUAAUCUCACAUUUUGUGUCCCCUCCCCACCUCCUCCUACCACCUUUACCCCAGUGUAAUAGCAUACUUUGACACUUUUAGAAGACAGACAACAAAAUUUCUGAAUUUAAUAGAACUUUAUUUUUUUUGUUUUUCCAUUCAAGACCAUUAACAAAAAAAAAAAAAAAAACAAACAAACAAAAAAAAAACAAACAAACAUGGGAACCUUUGUAUGUGGUUCAACUGAAACCUGAUGAUCUCAGAUGAAAUAAAUUCUAUGUGCAGAGGCACAACAGUUCUGUCAUCUGGUCUCCAGAGCAUUAACUAUCCAGAUUCAUAAUCCUCUUUUAUUCAAUAAAAUGAAUUAUCGUAAUUUACCCUUCUUUAAAUUAAAUUUCUUUCAUUAUGUCAGAAGUUUGAACUUCAAUUGAAAAAACAAAACAAAAAAAAAAGCGCAAAC